AUGUUGAGUUGGGCCAUUACGUUUCUGGUGCUCGCGCUUAUCGCUGGUGUCCUAGGCUUUGGCGGGAUCGCCGGCGCGUCCGUAGGGAUCGCGAAGAUCUUGUUCUUUGUGUUCCUGGUGCUGUUCCUGAUUGGCUUGGUCGAAUGGGGCGCUCCUGGGCUUUACGGGAUGACCUUCUACAUGGCUGCUCGCAUCUUUCUCCGUGCGGUCAGCCGCGUUGUCGAUCGCUACGCACGCACUAACAUAGAGCCGGGAACGCCUGACAGACCAAUGCCCCGCCUGCUAUCCAUUGACGAUGACCGUUCGGUCCACCACCUGGUUACGAAGGCCCUCGAGGACACUGGCGUCGAAGUCGUGCCCGCGUUGACCGCUCGCGGCGGCGUGGACGCAAUCGAGUCGGAACGACCUGACGCGGUGCUGCUCGACGUGAUGCUGCCCGAUAUGUCGGGGCUGGAUGCGUUCCGCCUGAUCCGGCAGAUCGACUCGCGGCUGCCGGUCAUCAUCGUGACGGCCGCCGGCAGCAGCGAGACCGCUAUCGAGGCGAUGAAGCUCGGCGCCUUCGACUAUCUCACCAAGCCGAUCGACGUCGACAAUCUCGAACGGCUGGUGGGCCACGCGAUCGAGUCGCGGCGGCUUGCGAGCGUGCCCGUUGGCAUGGCCGACCUUACCGAGCCGCAGGACCGAGGGGACGCGUUCGUGGGUCGCUGUGAGGCGAUGCAGGAGGUGUUCAAAUCGGUCGGCCGCGUAGCGCCGCAGUCAGUUCCGGUGCUGAUCCGUGGAGAAAGCGGCACCGGCAAAGAACUGGUCGCCCGAGCUAUCUACCAGCACGGCGCCCGCAGCGAGGCGCCGUUCCUCGCGGUCAACUGUGCUGCGCUGUCGGAGACGCUGCUCGAGAGCGAGCUGUUUGGUCAUGAAAAAGGCGCGUUCACAGGCGCCGAAAGCCGCCGGAUCGGCAAGUUCGAGCAGUGCGACGGCGGCACCAUUUUCCUCGACGAGGUGGGUGAUAUGUCGCCCGCCGUGCAGAGUAAGGUCCUGCGUUUGCUGCAGCAGCAGACCUUUGAACGCGUGGGCGGCAACACCACGAUCAAGUCCGAUGUGCGCAUCGUCUCGGCGACCAACCGUGACCUGGAAUCGAUGUGCGAAGAGGGUGAGUUCCGAAAUGACCUGUUCUACCGGCUUAACGGGUACACGAUUACUCUACCGCCGCUCCGCGAUCGUGGCGACGACCGGGUGAUGCUGCUGCAGCACUUCCUCGCUCAGCUCAACAAGGAGCUGGGGCGGGAGGUGCAGGGCGUCGCGCCCGACGCGAUGCGCCGCCUGCUCGACUACGACUGGCCUGGCAACGUGCGGGAGAUGCAGAGCGUCGUCAAGCAGGCGAUGCUGCACUGCAGCGGGCCGGUGUUGAUGGCUUCGGCGUUGCCGCAAGAGGUGACCGCAGGCCCCAUGCGGCCUAGGAAGUCCGCCCCGGCCGCGGAGCCACAGGGCGAGGGGGAUGCCGGCAGUUCUAACGGGCACGUGGCCGAGGGAGAGCAGGCCUCAGCUAAUGGUUCGGCCGCCGCAAACGGGCUUGGCGAAUUCAUUAGCUCGCAGAUUGCAGCCGGCUCUGUCGGAAGCCUCGCGGAUUCUUGGAAUCACCCGCGGCAGCUUGCGUAA